UUUGUCGGAGGAGCUCCCCUGUUUCCCGUGCUGGAUCUCCCGUUGAGUAGGCGCCGGAGGCAGCCCUGGAGGAGGCAGGAGCAGUUGGAGGGAUGGCAGCGACCGACAUAGCUCGCCAGGUGGGUGAAGAUUGCCGAACUCUCCCCCUGGCUGGACAUGUGGGGUUUGACAGCUUGCCGGACCAGUUGGUGAAUAAGUCAGUCAGCCAGGGCUUCUGCUUCAACAUCAUGUGUGUGGGAGAGACAGGUUUGGGCAAGUCCACCCUCAUGGACACCCUGUUCAACACUAAGUUCGAGGGGGAGCCAGCCACCCACACACAGCCAGGUGUCCAGCUUCGGUCCAAUACCUAUGACCUCCAGGAGAGCCACGUGGGGCUAAAGCUCACAAUUGUUAGCACAGUGGGCUUUGGGGACCAGAUCAACAAGGAGGACAGCUACAAGCCCAUCGUGGAAUUCCUCGAUGCCCAGUUCGAAGCCUACCUGCAGGAGGAGCUGAAGAUCCGCAGGGUCCUGCACACCUACCACGACUCUCGCAUCCAUGUCUGCUUAUACUUCAUCGCCCCCACGGGUCAUUCCCUGAAGUCUCUGGACCUAAUGACAAUGAAGAAGCUGGAUAGUAAGGUGAACAUAAUCCCCAUCAUUGCCAAAUCAGAUGCCAUUUCUAAGAGUGAGCUAACAAAGUUCAAAAUCAAAAUCACCAGCGAGCUGGUCAGCAACGGGGUCCAGAUCUAUCAGUUUCCUACAGAUGAUGAGUCGGUGGCAGAGAUCAACGGAACCAUGAACGCCCACCUGCCUUUUGCUGUUGUUGGCAGCACAGAAGAACUGAAGAUAGGCAACAAGAUGAUGAGGGCCCGGCAGUAUCCUUGGGGCACAGUGCAGGUUGAAAAUGAGGCCCACUGUGACUUUGUGAAGCUGCGGGAGAUGCUGCUUCGGGUCAACAUGGAGGACCUCCGGGAGCAGACCCACAGCCGGCACUAUGAGCUGUACCGCCGCUGCAAGCUGGAGGAGAUGGGCUUCAAGGACACUGACCCCGACAGCAAACCCUUCAGUUUGCAGGAGACAUAUGAGGCCAAAAGGAAUGAGUUCCUAGGGGAGCUCCAGAAAAAAGAAGAGGAGAUGAGACAGAUGUUCGUCCAGAGAGUCAAAGAGAAAGAAGCUGAACUCAAAGAGGCAGAGAAAGAGCUGCAUGAGAAGUUUGACCGUCUGAAGAAACUACACCAGGAUGAGAAGAAGAAGCUGGAGGAUAAGAAGAAAUCCCUGGAUGAUGAAGUGAACGCUUUCAAACAGAGAAAGUCAGCGGCCGAGCUGCUCCAGUCCCAGGGCUCCCAGGCUGGAGGCUCACAGACUCUGAAAAGGGACAAAGAGAAGAAAAAUUAACUCUGCUGUUUGCUGCAUGCUGCAUGAGACCCAGGGUCCUGUUUGGGCUUCCUGUAGAUGCUCUUUUCCUGCACAACAGAGCUGGGCCUCCCUAUCUUUACCCCUUACCACGACUGGGUGCACACAACCCGUGCCCUCUCCUCUCUUCCUGCCAGUUUAUAGAAGCCUGAGAGUCUGAGGAUGGUGUCUGGCCUCUGGUUAAGAAGCCGGCGGUUCUGUGGCUUAGAGAUGCAUCGUGCAUCCCCCUUCCCCUCCUAGCGUUCCCAGCCAGCCACUCCCCAUCUCCAACUUUGCCAGAGUGUAACUUGUUCAGGGGUCCUAUCUGCUACUCUCCACCGUCAGUUUCCCUGUUCGAACUCUGAUGGCUGCUUGCUUCCCCGAGGUAUUUGCAUCCACCGUGGCUGGGUAAGCACCAGUUAACAAGGCUUUCCCUGUUGGGCCCUAGUCACUGGGCUUCCCUGAGCACCCGCCACCUCCCAACAGAGCCACAGUUCCUUCUCAGAGGGCUGCAGAAGGAGAUCCUUUGCUGCCUUUUCCUUUUGGUCUCCCAGCCCAGCCCUUUCCAGUUUUGAUUCACUCAAGGUAACUGUACCCAAGCUGUGUUAAAAAUCCAGAAUAAGUUUACACCAAGUCUCCCGCCCCCCACCCCUGAAAAUGACUGCUGAAGAAAAUAGCAUAAAUUUCCUCUCCCUAUAACUCCGAGUACCCCACAGAUGCAGAAGGGGAAAUAAACCUGCAUAUUAUUGCCAGCCUAGUGUCUUGAAUGAUGGGCUUAAGGAAUUCU